AUGGCCAAACUAAAGGGCCAAAUAACCACGCAGCUUCAACAGCAGGCACGGCCUGCCUCAUACGCUCAGGCCGCUGCGACCAGAAGUGGGUCGGGCUCUCUUCCCAGCGUGACCACUAUGCCACCAGUCCGCGGUACAUCUAACAACAAGCCGGCCAUCGUGGUGACUCCAAAGGUAAUCCCCAAAUCACGACAGGAAGCAAUUGAGGCGUUUAAGAAGAGCAUAUCGUACCGCACAGCGAAUUAUGCACCAGCUAGGGUUCAGGCUGUGUCAAAUCACAAACUUAGAGUGGAAUUUGACACAACCGAACAACGUGACGACACCCUACAAAAGCUAAAAUCGUCUAAGCACGUAAGCGUUGAGCCGGCUAAGGGACUGCGGCCAAUGAUUAUACUAAAGGGUGACUAUCAAAUUGCAUUGCUGGCGGAGCCAUAUAUUGGCUCAGGAAAUGAGGUGCGACCAACUCAGGGACUCAACAUACAUCAAUUUGGUGGAAAAGGUAAAGUUAAGGCGUGUAUACUCACUAAACCAGGCUGCGGUCAGGUGAUUGGUAUCUCACAAUACUCUAACUCAAAUCUUUGCGUUAUUCAAUUCACAAGUGGCGGUCAUAAAAUACUCAUAGCCUCCGCAUAUAUCGAACCGGAUUCAGACGAAAAUAACACAUUAGAGCAUAUAGAUAAUUUUCUCAAGAUCUCCCGAUGCCCAAAUACCAUCAUUGGUGGUGACUUUAAUGGAUGGCACCAUCUAUGGGGCAGUAAGACCAAUAACCCCAGAGGAUUUGCGGUAGUGGAGCUGGCACAUGCAAAUGAUCUCUUCGUUUGUAAUGUCGGCACCUCACCCACCUUUGAAACCGUCACACACGGCAGGGAUCGGACUUCUAUAAUAGACCUCACAUUGGCCCAUGGACACAUAUUUGACCGUGUAGUCGGGUGGAAGGUCAACCUCAACGCCUGCCCUUCAUCGCAGCAUAAUGCGGUGGAAUACGAGAUUGCGACUGGUAAUUCUUCCUUAAACUCCUCAUCGAUAACUAACUCCACGUUUAAGUACAAGAGCAACAAGGCCAAUUGGGGAAUAUUCAAGGAUGCACUCCACACGCUUAUGACCAAUACAGAUAUAUUGGAGAGAGACAUCGGAUCGCUGAACACAGCUGGCUUGGAGAAAUUGUUUGAUGACAUCUGCGGGAUCAUUCAUAAAGCGUGUGAAGAAUCUAUGCUGACAAAGAAAGACCGAUCCCUGACGAAGCAUCGCCCGUUAUGGUGGACGGAAAAACUGAAAGACCUCAAAAAAGAAGUCAUCCAGUUACACCACAGACUAAACCGAAUGAGACGUCGGAAUCCUCCUCUAGACCAACUAGCAGGAGUUAAAUAA